AUCUUAUUAUCUGCGAAGGCCCAUUCAAGUGUGGCAAGUCUUCGCUUGGAAGAAGAUCAGAACCUAAGGACACUGCCGUGGUGUGAUAAAGCAGAUUUUCUGAUUCAAUUCAAAUUAUAAAGCAGACGGUUUUUUCCUAUUCGCAUUAAUUCAAAGUCAUCAUCUUAACAAAGUUGUGAGUAAAAACAUAAUUUGUAUAUCAAUAGAAAUAUUGUUAGUGCCUGUUUGCUGCGAGUGAGAUGUUGUCUGACCCUUGUUUAGUGUCAUGGGGGUGUGAGAUAGAUAGUACAUCAAUAUAUACAGAUACAAAUGUAGAUAUAUUUAUAUAUAUAUAUAUAUAUAUAUAAUGAUAUAGUUAGAGAGAGACAAGGAAAUAGAGAAGUAUAAUAUACAGACUGGGGGAGAGAUAGAGUUACUUGCCUUAUAUCGAAUGCUUGACAUGCUUGGAAACAUUAAUUUUAACCUAGGGGCCAUCAUGCCACUUGAUAUAAUAUUUGUAACGUUCAAACUAUUUUUAUUAUGAUUUUUUAAAGGCCGCAUUAGAAGCAGCUUAAAAACAUAAACGUUUUCUUUUUCUCAGCUACAAAACAGCUUUAUAUUUUGAGAUCUAUCAUGGUUAUCCAUAAGGAUGUUGGUUUUGGCAUCAUCGAAUCUAUUGAGUCACUCUGGGAAGCGCAAGAACUUUUUGACUUCACGGUCGAGGUUGAGCACCAUCAAAUCAAAUGCCAUCGGUUUAUCCUCGGAGCAUGCUCUAAAUUCUUUGGUGGCCUGUUCAGAUCUGGCAUGAAGGAGUCCAGCAACAGAGUGGCGGUUCUGAAAGAUGUUUCCUUGGCCACUUUUCAACUCAUCCUUACGUCCUUGUACACAGGAAGUGACGUCGUGACAAAAUCAAACGUGGUUGCAAUUUGGCAUGCUUCCAAUCAGUUACAGAUUGAUUUUUUGAUAACGCGAUGUGAAAAGAAAAUUGUCAAAUGGAUGACAUUAAAAAAUCUUGAAACAAUUUAUAAAAAUGCCAAGUUACUCGAUUCUAAAAAAGUUUUGAACAGUGCGUUUGAAUUUAUGUUGAGUAAUUUUGAGAGAAUUAUUGAGACGCCAUUACUAUUGGAACUUCCAUUCAGUGAUUUACUUUUCCUCGUAGACAACGAAAACCUGAAAGUGAGAUCAGAACAUUUGGUUGUAGAUUCUAUAUUGAAAUGGGUUGAAUGUUCUAAGGAAGCUUGUUACGAAAACUACUCUAUGUGCCCCUUCGACGAAGAGGGAACACUUUUCUUGAUAAACACAAGUUUAAAAGAGGAGAGCGACAGCAGUGUAGACUGUGAUGUUCAAACUGGACAAGCUGAUCUUACAGCAUCCAGGGAAUAUUGUGAGAUAGUUUCAAAUGAGCUUCCAAAAGAUAUCGUAGUGAAGAGCAGUGGUCAAGCAACUGAGAGCCAGGUUGAUGCAAGUAGCGCUAUCAGACGUGAGGUUAUUUCAGAGUCUGGGCUGGUCUCGAGAGUAAAUGAAACCGUCAGCCCCAACAGCCGUCGGACGGAAAUGUUGGUAGAGUUGCUAAAGGCCGCGAGGACCUGUCUUACAAGUCUAGAAUAUCUUAAUUCGCUUGAGGAGCACCCGUUAUUAAUGAACAAUGUUGAAGCCAAAGAAAUAGUUUCCAGUGCUGUCCAGUACCAUAAGGCUAUAAGUCACCAUUGGCCAAAAGCUGCUACACAUAUACUAAAAAGUAAACAGCAACAUUUUGCUGUUUACAUGAUUAACUCGGGUAUUAAAGCAAUAUCUUUAGCGGAAUUUAAAACCUAUUUUCUGCUCGACGAUUCAAGUUAUAUAUACCAUGGCACUCCAAGUAUUGCCGUCUUGGAUGAUGAAAUAUAUUUGUGUCGGCAAGGGAUGGAACGAGAAACUAGCUUAUUUUUAUUUAAAGGAAAUAGAUUAACAGCCAUUCAAAAAGAGAUGCGCAUAGGUCGACUAUGGCCUCACGAAAAUAGCUUCUAUGCUCAUGACAUCGAUAGAAAUUUAAUUGUCCGGAUUUCCCCAAAAGGUGACAACAAAGACGCAGAUGACUUCACGUCAUUACCACCAAAUGUGCGGUCUAUUAUGUAUUCUGUUAGCUUUAAUAAAAAACUUCUGUUAUUUUGUCAAGAGAAUGAACGUUCCUUAAAUGAAACAUGCGUUCAUAGUUUGGAUGUAAGUACCAAGACUUGGACAACACAUGGAGAGUUUCACCAUAAUGCUAGAUCUAUGAUUAGCUUUAGAGAUAACACCAAUACAUAUAUUUUGCACAACGGGGGACAGUUGUGGACGGUCAUAGAGAGUUGUGAUGGUACUGUAAAGUUUAAAUUGAUGGGUAAACUCUGGAAAAACUACAAAACUUUAAAUGGAACCAUAUUUUAUCACAAUGAACUCGUCAUAUUCGGAACUAACAACAAUGGUGACCCCCCAGAUAUUAAUAAACUAGUUUAUCCUUCUGAAACGUUUACGAAAAUUCGUUUUUGCGAAGUAGAGAGCGGGGCAGGCCAACUGUUUCCUCUGGUUUUAUCCAAGACUGAUUUGAAAACAUCAUAGAUUAUUUGGGUGUGCACUCAUUGCCAUGUCUGACAAGAAUAGAUAACUGGCUGAUAAAUUGUAUCUUGAUCUAAACCUGUUUAAGUUGAUGCAUAGUCUGGUAGUCUUAUGGGGCCAUUGUUUCAAUUCGAAUUUUCGAAUGCUAGUUUAGGUUUUGUGGAGUGUCAAUGUGUUAUGGUUU